AUGCCAAUGAAUCCAUCGGCAACUCCUGCAUCAUCCAAGAAUGUUUCUUUGGAGGAUGUUCGUCGCUCUAUAACAUUUCACCCGACGGUUUGGGGAGACCAUUUUCUCUCAUAUAAUUCAGAUACAACGGAAAUUUCUGAAGCCGAAGAUAAAGAACAGCUUGAAGGACAAAAAGAGAGAGUGAAAGAUUUGUUAGUCCACACGCCAGACGAUUCUUCGUGUAAGUUAGACCUUAUCGAUACAAUCCAACGCCUUGGAGUGGGUUACCAUUUUGAGAAAGAAAUUGACAAAUCACUGCAAAACAUACAUGGCGCUUGCAUAUUGGAGUACGACCACAAAGAUGAUGAUCUACGUGUCGUUUCUCUUCGUUUUCGAUUGCUAAGACAACAGGGAUACAAUGUCUCAUGUAAUGUGUUCAACAAAUUCAUGGACGAUAAAAGCAAUUUAAUACACUCAUUUGAAGAUGAUAUAGAAGGUAUAUUAAGUCUGUAUGAAGCAGUGCAUUUAGGUGUGCAAGGGGAGGACAUUUUAGACAAAGCACUAGAGUUUUCGUCCUCUCAUCUCGAGUCUUUGCUCCAUAAGAUGCCCAAACCUCUAGCAACAAAAGUUAGUGAAGCACUUAAGCUUCCAGUAAGCAAGAGUCUCAAUAGAUUGGCAGCCAAACAGUUCAUUUCUAUGUACAAGGAAGAUGAUUCACACAAUCCACUACUACUUAGUUUUGCCAAAUUGGAUUUCAACAUUUUACAAAAGAUGCACCAAAAGGAGUUGAGUAGUAUUACAAGGUGGUGGAAGGAAUUGGACUUUGCAAAUCGACUGCCUUUCGCGAGAGAUAGAUUGGUCGAAUGCUACUUCUGGACAUUGGCAAUCUAUUUUGAGCCCCAAUUUAACCUCGCGAGAAAAUUUCUAGUCAAAGUAUUGUGCAUAACUUCCAUUAUUGAUGACAUUUAUGAUAUUCACGGGACGUUGGAUGAUCUACAACUUUUCACGGACGCCAUUCAGAGGGCAUACAUGGAGGAAGCUAAAUGGUUAUACGCUAAGCAUACGCCAAGAAUGGAGGACUACAUGAAGGUGGCACUCGUGUCUUGUGGUUAUACAAUGUUGUCAAUAACAUCAUUUGUCGGUAUGGGGGAUUUAGUUAAGAAAGAGAUAUGCGAUUGGGUCGUAAGCGAACCACGAAUCGUGCAAGCAUCAUCAAUAAUAUGUAGGCUAAUGGAUGACGUGGUAGGGUAUGGGAAUGAAUUGAAAAUAACAGCUGUGGAAUGUUACAUGAAACAAAACGAUGCAUUAGAGGCGGAAGCUUUUGCAAGUUUUCGGGAAAAAGUGAAGAAGGCAUGGAAGGAUAUGAAUGAAGAAUGCCUUCAACCAACACCACCACCUUCGCGAGAAAUUUCUGAAACCGAAGAGAACGAAAUUGAAAGACAAAAAGAACGGGUGAAAGUUCUGUUAGCCCACACGCCAGAUGAUUCAUUGCGCAAAUUAAACCUUAUUGAUACAAUCCAACGCCUUGGAGUGAGUUACCAUUUUGAGAAGGAAAUUGACACAUCACUGCAAAACAUACACGGCGCUUGUACAUUGGAGUACAACCACAAAGAUGAUGAUCUACGUGCUGUUUCUCUUCGUUUUCGAUUGUUAAGACAACAUGGUUAUAAUGUCUCAUGUAAUGUGUUCAACAAAUUCAUGGACAAUGAAGGCAAUUUCAAAAACUCGUUACAAGAUGAUAUUGAAGGUAUACUAAGUUUGUACGAAGCAGCACAUUUUGGAGUGCAAGAGGAGGAUAUUUUAGACAAAGCGCUAGAGUUUUCGUCCUCUACUCUAAUUGAGUCAGUGCUGAUCAAUAAGAAUAUUCCCAAACCUCUUGCAACAAAAGUUAGUGAAGCACUAAAGAUUCCACUGCACAAGAAUCUCAAUCGGAUGGCCGCCAAAAAAUUCAUUUCCCUUUACAAGGAAGACAAUUCGCAGGAUCCUACACUCUUUAAUUUUGCCAAAUUGGAUUUCAACAUAUUACAGAAGUUGCACCAAAAGGAGUUGAGUAGUAUUACAAGGUGGUGGAAGGAUUUGGAUUUUGCAAAUAGAUUGCCUUUUGCAAGAGAUAGAUUGGUCGAAUUGUACUUCUGGAUAUUGGCAAUCCACUUUGAGCCCCAAUUUCACAUCGCUAGAAAAUUCAUGGUCAAAGUAAUCAGUAUAAUUUCCGUUAUUGAUGACAUUUAUGAUAUUCAUGGGACGUUGGACGAUCUUCAACUUUUCGAUGACGCCAUUCAAAGAUGGGAUUUUGAUGCCUCAGAGCUAUUGCCACCAUACAUGAGAACAUGUUACAAUGCUCUUUUGGAUGUUUAUGCUGAAAUCGAAACCGAAAUUGGGAUUAAUUCUGGCACGACAUAUUGUGUUCUGUAUUCAAUGGAUGAGGUGAAAAGAUUGGUGAGGGCAUACAUGGAGGAAGCUAAAUGGUUAUACGCUAAGGAUACGCCAACAAUGGAGGACUACAUGAAGGUGGCACUCGUGUCUUGUGGUUAUACAAUGUUGUCAAUAACAUCAUUUGUCGGUAUGGGGGAUUUAGUUACGAAAGAGAUAUGCGAUUGGGUCGUAAGCGAACCACGAAUCGUGCAAGCAUCAUCAAUAAUAUGUAGGCUAAUGGAUGACAUGGUAGGGUAUGGGAAAGAAUCAAAGAUUACAGCUGUGGAAUGUUACAUGAAACAAAACGAUGCAUCCGAGGCGGAAGCUUUUGCAGAUUUUUGGGAACAAGUGAAGAAAGCAUGGAAGGAUAUGAAUGAAGAAUGCCUUCAACCAGCAACACCACCUUCGCGAGAAACCUCAAUUGGCGAAGAGCAAGAACACAGACGAAAGAAAGAACUAGUGAAGGCAGUGCUUGAUCACACACACGAUGGCUCGUUGCCUAAGUUAGAACUCAUAGAUUCAAUCCAACGGCUUGGAGUGUGUUAUCAUUUUGAAAAGGAAAUCGACACAUCAUUACGAAAUAUCCACAACACUUUCCUGAAGUGCGAUGGCCAAGACAAAGAUCUUCGAGUUGUUGCUCUUCAUUUCCGUUUACUCAGACAACAUGGCUAUUAUAUACCCUGCGAUGUUUUCAACAAAUUUAUAGACCAUGAUGGAAAUUUGAAGGAGUUGAUGAAUGAUGUUGAAGGGAUGUUAAGCUUGUAUGAGGCAGCACAUUUUGGAGUACAAGGAGAGGAAAUUAUGGACAAAGCAUUACGAAUUUCGUGUUCUAGCCUUAAGUGUUUGCCACAUGACACGAACAAAUCUCUGUCUGCACAAGUCAAUGAAGCCCUUAAUAGCCCAUUAGGCAAGAGUGUGACAAGGUUGGCAGCCAGAAAAUAUAUUUCUAUGUACCAAGAAGAUGAUUUGCAUAAUGAGGUACUUCUGAAUUUCGCCAAAUUGGACUUCAACAUAGUUCAAAAGAUGCAUCGUAAAGAGCUACGCAACAUUAUGAGGUUAGAUUGCACAUAUUAUGAGAGGUGGUGGAAGGAUUUAGACUUUGCGAAUAAAUUGCCGUUUGCAAGAGAUAGAUUGGUGGAAUGCUACUUUUGGAUAGUGUCAGUGUAUUUCGAGCCCUCAUUACACAUUGCUAGAAAACUACUGACCAAAGUCAUAGCCUUGGCUUCCACCAUUGAUGACAUUUACGAUGUUCAUGGAACGCUUGACGAGCUCAUUGUUUUCACGAGCGCUAUUCAAAGUUGGAAUGCUCAGGCCAUGGAUCAAUUGCCUACAUAUAUGAGAACAUGCUACAAAGCGCUUUUAGAUGUUUAUGCUGAAAUGGAAGAAGAAACGAAAAAGGCAGGCACAUCAUAUAGAGUACAAUACGCCAAGGAAGAUAUGAAAAAAUUAGUGAAGUCAUAUAUGGAAGAAGCGAAAUGGUUUUAUAAUAAAUAUACUCCGACAAUGGAGGAGUACAUGAAGGUGGCACUAAUAUCUAGCGGUUAUAUGAUGUUAUCGACAACUUCCUUGGUCGGUCUUGGAGAUUUAGUGACUCGUGAAGACAUUGACUGGGUUUCAAACGAGCCAGUAAUCGUACAAGCAUCAUCUACAAUUGCUAGGUUAAUGGACGACAUAGCAGGAUAUGGGUUUGAAACAAAAUUGUCGGCAGUGCAUUGUUACAUGAAGCAAAACGGAGUUACGGAGAUUGAUGCGGUUAACGAACUUGAAGAACAAGUGGAGAAAGCAUGGAAAGAUAUAAAUCUCGAAUGCCUUGGGCCAAAGAAGGUCUCUUGGAGAGUCAUCAAGAACGUUGGCAACCUUGCGCGGCUGAUAAAUCUUGUGUAUGCAGAUGAAGAUGGAUAUACCAAUCCCAAAGCUAAGGUGAAAGACUACAUUACGUGCGUGCUGAUAGAGCCCGUGACAAUAGGAGACGACCUAUCUCUAUUCAACAUCAUCGCCACCUUCCUCUUCAGCCUCCUCCGCCACACCUCCGCCGUCCUUUCGACACUAUCCUCCGAUAUCGACGACAGUGACGGCCGCCACCUCCGGCGGCCGCCCCUCAUCCUCCCCCUGCUGCACCGGCGGCGGGUUUCAGGCACCGCCACCAAUCCUCUCCUCUCCGUCCUCGACCCACAGCACGUGACGAACUCCGCGAAAAACCUCAUCGUAAUCGGGGCUUAUGAUAUCAAGAGAGAGUGGGGAAAAUGA